CGACCCGAGUUUUGGCGUCACGGAACAAGCCGGCAAGCUCUCGGUUUCGCUCUGCUUCUCCUGCCGCGAUGCAAGACCUGCGGUUUCUCCGCACUAUUCUCUCCUUCUGCACCAUGUGUUGUCUGUGUGCUCGAGGGGCGAAGGGAAGUGAAGGUUGGCGGAUGCCGUGCAAGAGUGGACAAGGCCCGACAGAAGAACGUGUGCGCCCGCGCGCACAUCGAACGGCGUGCAACACUAUUUUGGUCGUUGGAAGAAUCAAUUCUCUCAGUAAGGGAUUCAACAAGGAAAAAGCCAUCCGCCACAUUAUCUAUGGCGUCGGAACUGCCCUCGACCUAGUCAGCGACGUAACCAUGCUCCAUGCGUUGAGAAACCCGAGUCAGGCAAAGCAGAAGUUUCGACUGUUCCUCAUCUGGAACACCUUGUCUACCUGUGGCUUCUACGUCACGGACUUGUUCCUGACUUUUUUAGCCAGCAAGCACAAAAAACUUGAAAAAGACGAGUUGCGAGACAAGGACGAAAAAUCGUUUCGAACCCAAAUUUUCUUCAUCGCCGCAGGAAUCUACACUGUGAUCUUUCUUGUAAAGGUCUGUAUCCUGUACGCUUUGUACCAGGUCUACCAGAACUACGAUCGCCUAGCGGCCUACGAAGAACAAAACCGCGCUCCGCAGCCCGGAAUAUUCACCAAUGCGCCGCCUGUCGCGUACCCGUUCCAACCCGGAAGCCAAUCCGGGGUUCCGGUCAUGCCUACCGGGCCAGCGUUGCUCGCGGCUCCCGCGUCGGGUGGAUACCCAAAAAUGACUCCGGGCCCGGCGGGCGUUACCAGUACCAGGCCUGCUCGGUCAGGGAUGCCGCGAUCAUCAGGACACCCGCACCAUGCAGCCGUUCAGAAACCUCACCUGCCAGAACAGCAGCAACCAGCUCCUUCCACGCAGCCCCAGUUUAUUUCUUCCAGUGGAAUAGUGCACGUGCCUUACUGCUCCGCAACCCAGCCCCAACUGACGGUGGACCAACCAGCGAUGGGCCAGGGCGCGAUUGCCGAAGCGACAGCGACGGAAGCCGAGGACACCGAAUGUCCUCCGCGUAAAACGGGAACGCCGGAAGCGCCGUCAUCUGGUCCAUGUACUCCUAACCAAGCGAAUUCAAAACAAGAAGCGCAAGCCGAGAGAAAGCCGGCCACAGCGGCGACUUCCCAUGUUAAGGUACCCGAUGCUGCGGGCUCGCGGCCGUCGCCGUCUGCCCAAGCAGCGCGGACUCUAUCAACGAUCAAUGGAAAUACACGGAUUCAAAACGUUGCAAAGGCUGCAUCCACCGGUUCCGUGCAUGUCUCGGGUGCCGCGUCUAAAGAGACGCUGCCGGGUCAUAAACCUCGCCGAACUUCUUCACGGCGAAGCAUGGCGGCCCGAUCAGUGCCGAAAUUCUUAACAGCGAAGCACGGCGGCCGGAUCUGCGCUGAAAUCUGACCAGUGGCGGCCAGAUUUUGCAGAUGCCUAGCGACCAUCGGGCCGAGCUGCCGUACGUAAACGCCGGCUGAAUGCCACGAAGUGACAUCUGCGACGGCGGGAGAAAUGAAAUGCCGCAGUGUGCGGUGCCCUUGCCACCCGUCGGCGAGUUACUACUUUUUAUCCGGUGCACAGUAAAUGAUAUGCAUAUCUGACUAA